AUGGUGUGGGGGAAGCAUAUCAAGUCCUCACAGUCUCUCCCUCCUUCCUCCUCCUCCCAUGGUCAAAUUUCCAUCGACGGACUGCACUCGGUUCGAGUGAUAGAUCCAAUUUCAAGGGCGUACGCGCUUGUGUCUUCGGACAUAGAGGAGACGAUUCGAUCUGAUAUCGCGAGCAAGAAGAAGCAAGCCCAAGAUCAUGAGACCAUGCUCAAGAAACUCGCAGAAACGCCUCAGUACGUCAGAGAACAGGCGAACUCCUUGAGCUCGCUGCUGGCUUCGUCGCAAGACGCAGGAUUCAUUGAAUCGCAAAGAAGGUUGCUGGAGCACCGCGAGCAGGUUUGGAACCACUCUUCCAAGGAGGCAGAAGAGGUUGAGGACGACAAGCAAGUGGACCUCGUGCUAGUUGGUGGAGGAGACUGGGAGUCUAGGGUCUAUGACGGCAAAAUAUUUUAUGUCAACAAGUCUACCAGGGAAACCACGUGGUUUCAUCCCUUCACUUUGAAUCAGCCGCUGCCUCUGGGUUGGGAGAAGACUCGGGAUGAGGGGGGGAGGAUUAUGUACCGUCAAGGAACCCAAGUCACGUACGUCCACCCAAGCCUAAACCCUGCCUACCUCGAGGCCUUGUCACAGCAAAACUCUUUAUGGCGACGCCUUACUCCCCUGAUGGACUCCACGCAAGAAACACACGUCAAUGACUCUAAAAGCUCAUUUCAACCUCUCGUGCAGUUCGUUACCCCACAGCACAGGGAGCUUGACGCACGACUGGCUACAUUCCUCGCCAGCACUGCAGGGAAACCAGCUUGGAGCACGACGAGGGGAGAGACAAGCUCGCUGGUGCUAGUCUGCCGCGAUGCAAGAGAUCCGGUCCUGAAGCUUCCGCAGUCUCCAGCUAGAAUGGCAGGCGCAGGAUGGGUGCUGGCAAACCGAGAGGGAUUGGAGGGUCUGACGGUGUGCUUUGAAUGCCGGUAUGAGGAGUUGGAGUUUGCAACCGACUGA